AUGCUGAAAUAUAUAACCUCGAGUAAACGCAAGAAUGUCGACCAAGACGAAAACAAAUUUCCAGUGCAGAAAAAGUCUAAAGUCGACGAUGCCAGUGAAAAAUCUGUGACUCCUACUCGGCGUAAACAAGCUUCAAGUUUUCGAAACGAGUGGGUCAGAGGUCGUGACUGGCUUUAUUUUAUUCCUGGCGAGGGAAUGUACUGCAAAUUGUGUCAGAAGUACAACAUGUGUCCAUACGAUCGAGAUACAUGGAAUAAAACCCCAUCCAGACGUAUCAGACUGUGCACUGUCAAGGAGCACGAACAGACAACAGGUCAUCGAGAUGCCACGAAACGUGAGUUGACAGCCGCUGCUAGUCAAAACAUUGGGGAAAUCAUUCAACCUGAAGUCAACAGAGACGCCAUCACAUCGGCCUUCACCGUUUUAUAUUUCCUGGCGAAACAACGUAUCCCGCACACAACAAACUUCGAGCCAGUACUAGAUCUACUUUCACAACUCGGUUUGUCAGUGAAGGAAAAUCUACGAGUCAGCAAGAAUGCAACGUAUUGCAGCGACAAGUCAAUCCAAGAAAUGUUAGCAAUAUUAUCAUCCACAAUUGAAGAAAGUACUAUUGAGCAACUGAAGAAAUCAGAGUAUUUUGCUAUCAUGUUGGACGAAACGACGGACGUCAGCGUUAGUGAACAAUUAACUUUGAACUGUCGUUUUUUGAAUGAAUCUGGGCAACUGUGUGUCAGAUUUCUUAAAAUGAUAGAACCGUUGAAGUCAAGUGACAUCACACAGCCGUCAUCUACCGUCACUCUCAAUGCAUCAACGAUCGCCGGACACGUAGCCGAGUACAUUGAAGGCAAACAACUUAAUGCUCACCAGCUCGUUGGGAUUGGCACUGAUGGCGCAGCAGUAAUGACUGGAAAAAAUAACGGUGUUGUGAAGAAACUCCAGGAAUUCGCAACUACUGCUAUCGGCAUUCACUGUUCCGCUCACCGCCUCCAACUUGCGUCGUGUCAAGCAGCUAACGCAGCUCCAUUUGUUAAGAAAUUCCACACAAUUCUACGGCAGUUGUACGACUACUAUGACAACAGUGCAGUACGUAUGGCUGGCCUGCAUGCAGUUCAAACAGCACUAGGAGAAAAAGUUUUGAAGCCCAUCCAACCGUCUUCAACUCGGUGGCUAAGUAUCGAGAUGUCGACAACUAGACUGAAAGAAAGCUAUGUCAGUAUCCUGGUCAGUUUGGAACGAGAGGGAGAAGAACGUGGAACGUGGUGA